AUGUCAAGUAACGACGCAACUACAGAAGAAUCAAGUGCACAUGAUGUAGAAGAUGCAUCAUCUCUAUGUCGAUCAAGUGGCACUUCACCUGAAGAUGAACUACCAAUGUCACACCCGCAAUAUACAUCUUCAAUCACUACAACAAGUUCCUGUAUCAUAACUUCACAAUUAUCGACUUCAUUUCGAACGGACGAUGCAUCGAAUGAUGUUAGAUUACCAAAACUGUGCCGGAAUGAUCGACCUGGGACCUUAUCCAUUACGUUUGGAUAUAGAUUAUCUUUACCAAAUUGUGACAAAUUAGCGUUUAAUGAUCCAAUGGAUGUCAUCGACCAUUUCAUUCAAAAUCGUUUAAAGCAUGGUUUAGAUAUGGGUAUUAAUGAAGAAUGUUUAAUACAUUUAACCAAAGUUGGCAAGACUUUUUCCAAUGAAGAAUCUUUCGAACAUUAUGUUUAUGAUUAUAUUGAAGUUCAAUUCCCAGGUCAACACAUCCGAUGCUGGAUUCGACCAUCCGACAAAAUCCGAUCGGAUUCCUGGAAACGGAAUUGGAUUGGAAUCCGACUGGAAAAAUUCCGUCGUUUAUUGCAAGUUUUAUGA